CCAUACCCGACGUCCGCAUAACGUUCCAGCACACACACCCUAACCCCACAGCACCGAUCCCAGCACCAUCUCUCACAUCCAUCCGCGGCAGGGACAUGGUGGCCGGGCCCCGCCAGCCGCACCACGGAUGACCAGACAGCUGCAGCCCACACCACCCCUCCCUCCCUCCGCACAACCCCGCCACCAGCUCGUGCAUUGCAGCCGCGGCUGUGACAGACUGGAACGGGACCCAGCGUCUGCCCCACGCCUGACCAAACCGCCGCAGCUCACACCGCCGCGAACCCACCCUCUGCACACCCCCAGCACAUUGCAGCCACGCCUGGGACACACUGUCCCACCUGACGCAGUCCACAAAACAGGACAGAGCCAGUGCCCUGACGCCGCAGCUUCAACCGCGCCUGUAACUUCGGCCGCCGGCAUACAAAUUAGCAGGGACGGCUGGCUUAGGAGAAGUCUUCAUAGCCCUCCGUGUGCCGCCGCCUCCUCCUCCGCACACCUAAUACAAAGCUGCCUCCCACCAUCCCCAGAGGCCCGGACUGCACACCCAGGGACUGGCCUGCCGGCUCCACAGGCCAGAGACGGGGGACAGCGCGCCUGCUACUGUGGCAUGGAUAAUGCAGCGGAUACAGGAACACAACCUGGGGCUUAUUCGGAUUCCGGUACUAUGUCGAUGUCGGACGCAGCUAAGUGGUUUGAUUUUUGUUACUGCACGUGCGUCUUAGUCACUCCACGCAAGCGUCCUAAUUGUGUUCCUAUGGAUUUGCAGUGGAAUUUUCAGACACAAGCAUGCAGAAGUGUAAUGAAAAUGUAUUGGACGGUCCUUGGAGGUGGCUGGAUGAUGCCAGGGAGGUGGCUACUCAAACGCAUGGAGAUGGACCGUCCUAUGGUGUACUGUGUAACCAUGGUGACGGGGAGCACGUGGACAGGACGUCUUUUGAUGACAUCAUCCACUGGGCACCGACCGUCCGGGAGUGCGGUCCCGCGACCGGAAAGCGACUGUUUGCACAGGGGGCACAUCUUGUAUAAAGGUGCGCACAACCUGGCCAGCAGUGAAGGUGUGAACCGAGAGGUUUGCUAACGUAAACAGUCUCUACAGUAUUCCUUUCCCCAUACUGCGUUUGUUGAAAGACAUUGUGUCAUUUUCCCAUGGGAAGGCAGAGUAACAACACCGCUCACCUUCAUGUCUAACUCUUCUUGAAGCCAAAGAGUAAACAUUGAGAACAUGAGAGGUUUUGAAAGGAAGAGAAAGGAGAAGAAGAAGACGAAAGGGAAAAAACGACACAAGAAGAGAAUGACAUUACAUAACCAGCAUAAUUACUUUGAUGGGAGUUUCUCUGAAAUCUUGACAUUACCAGAGGAAUUGGAGAAAGUUAGAUGUGGCCCAGUGCAUUGUUUCUGCAAGGUGUCAUCACUGUAGCAUUGUUCCAUCUAUUGAUCUUGGUUCUGUGGCAACCACUUUCAACAGAAAUGAAAACAUAUUACUCAAUAGGGUUCAGUCUCUAUAAUAACUUUGCCACUAAUCAGUCAUUGACAUUAAAGGGAAGCCGUCCAGUUAAUACAGCUCACCACAUUCCCAAAACCACCCACGUACACAUUCCUCUCUGCAUAAAUAAUAGGUGGGCACCCUUUGGCGCUCCAGCCGUUGCUGCCGGUGUUGUGCCAAUUUUCUCUCUAGCUGUCAUAGCAUGAACAGUGGGGAACAGUAAUCUGUAGCAGCUCAAUGAUGAGUCCUCUCGGAUGUUUCUCCAUGAAAUUCAGUGACAUUCAAUAAUGUGUGUGUGUGUGAGCAUUAUUUAUAGGAGAACAUUCCUCUAUGCAUCUGCUCCUCGCCUUGAGUUGAGAAUGCGGAGCAGUCAGUGGCGUACAAUAUCUAUCUAUGGG